AUGAUUUUCAAUAGAUGCAAGCUAUCCUUGGAUAAGAAAGGGUUCGGACUGUCAAUCGGUUUCGUAGCUAUCCUUGGCAAUAAGGCUCACCUAGGAAUCUUUAACUUCUCCGUAGUCGUGUGCACUGACUCUUACUCGCUUUACGAAUAUAUAGUAAAACUAGGGACCAUUAAAGAGAAGCGUCUAAUAAUCGAUAUUAUAGCUAUUCGAGAGUUAUACGAAAGGCGAGAGCUCUUUAAGGUACGCUGGAUCGGAGGCAAAUCUAACCCUGCUGACGCUAUGACCAAAAUCGGGGCCAAUAUCUCUUUGCAAAAGCUAGUUUUGACUAAUACUUUGAAGGUGCAAGUCGAUGGAUAA